GAAAGAGGGAGGAAGCUAGAAAAACCCAUAUAUCCAUUUCAUAAAAAAAUAGUGUUUUACAUCCUUUUAUCUCACAAAUGUUGUGCCUGCCCUGUUCUCUUUUUCUAGACCUCACGGCACCAUCCUUGUUUAAUACACAUGUAAAUUUUUUUUUAUCAGCAAAUCAUUAACAUAAGUAAAUGACUUUGAAUGGAUAUUAAGUUAUUAACUCAAGUAAAUGAGGAAAUCAUUGACCAAAAACAAAAAAGUAAAUGAGCAAAUCAGUUUUUUUUGUUUGUCCUUUGGCCACGGUCUCCACGGGGAAAGGGACGCCACGUGACCAAUCUGGCUCGGGAUACGGUAGUGAUGUCCCUGUCCACAACGGUAUUAUUUUUUACCUCAGAGGGGAUCGAACCCGGGCCAGAAGCCUAGGCGAAAUCCCUUAAAGAAAUGCACAUUCCCCGCUUAUGUCACCCCUUGUGGUUAGCAAAUCAGUUUUCAAUACUCAAAACGGUAUGAUUUUUAAAACAAAUAACUGUUUUAUUUUGGUUGAGUAACUAACAGACAGAGAAUUGAAGGCUGAAAUAAAAACGCUUGAAUGUCAUUAAUCUUCAUAUUUUCCACGAUUGUCAUUUUAUUGUUUGGAACAUAGCUCCUCUGCUUCAGUUCAUAACACUUGUAUUGGUUGACUAAUCUCAGACUCAGAUAGACCAGAGCAAAUGGAGAACGGUAGUGAGAAGUGGAAUUUCCAAGGGAACAAAGGGCUCAAUGCUUCAGCCAUCUCUGUGAGAGGGGUGUAUAACAUGCUCAUGGAUAGCAUCAGCAACAAUGAAAACAACAACAACAAACCUCUGGUUCGUCUCUGUCGUGUAGAUCCCACCGAUAAUCCAUUGUUUCGGACAGCCCCUGUUGCUACUGAUGCUGUUGCAACUGCUGCUAACUCCUUCAACUUCUACGGUUACCCUCCCACCGCUGGCUUACCUGAUGCAAAGAGGGCUAUUGCAAAUUAUCUCUCAUCUGAUCUUCCAUACCAGUUAUCACCAGACAAUGUUUCUCUCACCCUUGGUGGCACACAAGCUAUAGAUAUAAUCUUACCUGCCCUCGCACGUCCUGGUGCCAACAUUCUCCUUUCAAGACCAGGGUACCCUCAAUAUGAUGCUCGCGCCGCUUGUUGUCUCCUUGAGGUUCGGUACUUUGAUCUCUUGCCUGAGAGAGGAUGGGAGGUUGACCUUGAUUCCCUUGAAGCUGUAGCAGAUGAGAACACUGUGGCCAUGGUCAUCAUCAAUCCUAGCAAUCCAUGUGGGAAUGUGUUCACGUCCCAGCAUUUAAAAAAGGUUGCUGAGACUGCAAGAAAACUUGGAAUCUGUGUGAUUUCUGAUGAAGUUUAUGGCCAUGUAGCUUAUGGAAACAAUCCAUUUGUGCCCAUGGGAGUGUUUGCUCCAAUAGUGCCAGUUAUUACAAUUGGGUCCUUAUCAAAAAGAUGGUUAGUUCCUGGUUGGAGAGUUGGUUGGAUAGCCACAAUGGACCCCAAUGGAAUUUUUCAAAAAACUGGGAUCAAGACAAAUAUCAUCAGCUAUUUGGAGAUCACUUCUGACCCUCCAACCUUCAUGCAGGCAGCAAUACCUCAAAUCCUUGAGAGAACAGAUGAUGAUUUUCAUUUAAAAAAUCUUAAUAUAAUGAGAGAGGCUGCAAACAAAUUCUAUGAUGUAUGCAAGGAGAUCCCUUGCUUGACAUGCCCUCACAAACCUGAAGGAGCCAUGGCUGCAUUUGUGAAGAUUAACUUCUCACAAGUUAAGGACAUUGUUGAUGAUGUGGAUUUCUGUGUCAAACUGGCCAAAGAGGAAUCUGUACUUCUUCUUCCUGGUGUUACUGUUGGACUCAAGAAUUGGCUUCGGAUUAGUCUUGCUGUUGACCUUUCUGAACUUGAAGAGGGUCUUAGCAGGAUAAAAGCAUUCAGUCUUCGGUAUGCCAAGAUGUCAUAAAUCGUGUCACAUGGGAGGCUGUGUUGAAUACCAGGUCUAUAUACCCCAUUGAGACCAUCUUUAUGGCAAAGUAUAUGUAUGGUAAUUCCAUUUAGUUGUGUUUGGGUAAACAUUUUAAUUAAGUCCUUAUGGCAAUAAGCUCUUAGCACAAAAUGGUAUGCUCAUGAGCUAAUUUGGGAAACUUAUUCGAAUAAGUUGAAAAUAAGUCGUGUUAUAGACUAAAGAUAAA